AGGAAUAAUCGUGAAGCUUUCGUGAGGAAGUUCUCGGCUGUGUUGAGCGCUUUGUGCCCGAUUUGUCAUAGCCGAGUAUCCGAGAUUGAUUCGCGCGGUACGACAGAGAGACGAAGGUGUACAAAUCUGAGAGAUUAUUUGCGAUGUUGUGUAUCGAGUUUGAGGCUGGGGCUUCCGUAGGCGGCCCUAUGUAUCGGGUCGAAAUUAUCCCGAUCGAAGGGUGAAGUUGAAGUGGUCUAGUGUCCGCAGACGGAAGCAUCUUUGACGGAAGAAACGAGCUACAGGCCGUCUAUCGAAAGCAAGAUGGCAUCGCAAAGUCAAAAUGCUGUCAACUCGGCAAGUCCGGCAGCUAUCGGGGCUCCAGUUCCGGCUCUCUCGACGGUCUCGACUACGACCACGACCAAGUCUCAAACUGUCCCGAAUGCUGUUUCUGCUCAAGCACAGCAACAACCACAACAGCAGCAGCAGCAGCAGCCGCAGCCGCCGCCACCGCCGCCGCAACAGCAGUCAAACAAUUUUGAACCCCAUGAUAAAAGUUCCUCCAAUACGCUCAAGCGAAAUCCAAAGAUGGAGUUGAGCAAAACUGACCUGCUAAAGCUGCUGGGAUAUUUAGAAGGGGAACUUCAAGCACGGGACAUCGUUAUAGCUGCUUUAAAAUCCGAAAAAAUGAAGCAUCUACUGAGCUCUCGGUAUCGCAGCGGAACGUCUGAUCCUCACGCUGCUCUUGCACGUGAUGUCGCUGUCGUAGGAGGUGUGAUUAGGCCUGAGGAGAAUCAGAUUGAGCAGCAGGUGGCAAGCUUAGAAGCUUUGGUCACCCAGCAAAGACGUACACAAUGUCGUAUGGCAAAGCUUCUCAAAGAUGCUGAAAUCAGACACGGAGCGGUUAUCAAAGAAUUGGAGGAAGAGAAACGGAAACAUGAACAUGACACAGCUCAGGGCGACGAUAUCACGUACGGACUUGAGAAAGAAAGAACACGACUAAAAAAAGAACUUGAAUUGGAGAAGCAGGAGAAAAAACGUCUCGAGCUGGAAUUAAAGAAGACUAUGAAUACGUUGGAAGAGGAGAAGAAUCGACAGAAACAAAUAGUGCUUAUAUUACUAGCAGAACGAAAAAAGAUAAUAAUGAAGUAUAUAGAAGAGCGAAAGAGAUCCGAGGAUCUGGCGCAAAUUUUAAGCGAAGAAAAAGUACGGAUAGAUUCAAUGGCAGAAGGACUCGAGGAGGAGAGUAAAAAGUCCCUUCAGAUGGAAGCGGAAUUAGAGAAGCACCUGGCCCAAUUCGAUAUGGAAAGACAGCAGUACAGACAAGCCCUAGCUAAGGAGGAGAAGAGGGCGAAGGAACUGGAAGCGGAUUUAGAGAAAUUGAAGGCCGAAAUGGAAUCAUGGAAGGAUACCCAAGCCCGAGGACCUCCUCGAGGAGUCGGAGUAACUCCACCACCACCACCAGCGAAACCUGCUAAUCUUGCUGGUAUGCCUACAAUUAGGCCUGCCAGUGCUCCUCAAACAAUUAAAGGCGCAGUGCUUGGCACGGGAACACCUAUGGUUAGUAGCAAGGUAGUACAACCAACAGCCACGGUAUCCAGCGUACCAGUUAGUGGACCAACAACUGGAAUCGCUAGAUCUGUUACACCCGGACAGGCACUUCGUGGAGUAACGUAUACAGCUGCACUACCCUCGACUGUAGGCGAACCUGCAGCUCCAACAGAGGCACAGGCUGUAGACAAGCGGCCAGCAGUUCCUGCAUCCACGAAUCCUGGAGUUCCGACAAAGCUCGUGCCGGCUGCACAGAGUGCAGGAAAGCUCGGCUUUCACGUGGCUACUGCGACCGGUGUUCAGGCUCCCGGGAUACUGCCAACGAAAAAACUGCCAAUGUCCCGCGGAAUACCUCCUCCGGUGCCACCUAACAAGCCGGUGGUCCCACCGAAGAAGGAGGCGGCUUACCUGAGAAGAACGGAACCACCACAGUCGUCCCAGGAUCCUACUAAAUUUGUGAAACAACAACCUGCACCAGCGCAUCCGGCGAGUACUAGUGGUACAUUACAAGCGCAACAGGCAAUACCAGCCACGAGUCAUGCUCCUGAGGAAGAGACAAAGCCACGCUGAUGUGACACGGACAAACAAUUACGUCUGAACGCGAAUCUAUCCAAGCAACUAUGAUAUUCGCAAAUCUCUUGGAAUGUACGGGAAACAUGAGGAAAUCUCUAGCAGCACUUUCAAUGAGCGAAUGAUCUGCCUCAGGACUCAGCACACUCCUCAUUAUUUACUUAAUAUAACUACGUCGAUUUAUAAAUAUAUAUAUGUAUAUUGAUAGAAUCUGCUAGACAAUGUAGCUGGGUCGUGCCGAAAGUCGUAAUUUCAUGUGAAUAGCGAUUGCGAAUUGUAAGCACGGUCCAAAGUAGAUACACGAGGUAGAUAGAUAGGCCCAGUAGGUUCCUAGUUCACUCUCUACGGUCGGGCUAGACUGUGUUACAUAAAUUAAUGAUAGUAUCAAGAAUGACGUCGUAAAGAACGAAUAAUAUAAUUAUGGCAAUUGAUAUAAAUAAGUGAUAUAAAUAGUAAAUGUUAAGCUGUGAGAGAGAUUAGGUACGUAGGUCCUUAGUUAUGAACUAAGGAAUUUCUUUAAUUUGCAAGCGAUGCGAAUCUAAGCACGCGCAUGAUCACUGCCUCGACACACAAUUGCAUAAUGAAGAGUAUAGGCAUAUAUUAGUGCAGUGAAAAGAGUGGCUCGUAUAGAUGCACUUUGGAAUUUAUGUGAAAUUUUUGUCGCAAUCGCUGUUCAUCGAUCCUCGCAAGCUUCGAAUAUAAGAUGAAACGACAAAUUCAUUAAUCUUCUAAAAGCGUCGGCAGCUGCGUUUUGAAAUUUAUAAUUGCCGUGCAAAUUUUUUAUCCUCCUUUGACAAUACAUUUACACGUAUAAAGCAAUACUAAUUAUAAAUAAUUGAAUGUAGUUUCACAACGCGAAAUCUCUUUCAGGCCACGCACUAAUUUAAACAAAAUUUUCAUGACUGUACGAUAUGGAACGCGUAGUUCUCUAUGUUUCACAUAAACUCUGAACAAAAAUCUAUGAUGCAUCUGUAUACAGAAAAGUUUAAGUAUACAGAACAAAGAAAAGAAUAACGCACCGAAAAUAAUAUUAUAAAUAUUAUUCCAGGAGAAACACAGGGUGGUAUUGAUCUGACGAUCUUGCCAGACAAUACCGCUUUCUCAAUAGUUGCGACUCAAUUGUGCUCUGUCGACGUGACGUUUUCAUGAAGAUACAAUUAAACACGCAAUCUGACGCUACUGUGCUUCAAUCAAAUUGCUGGAGGCGUGAAAAACUGUAUAUACACGUGCAACAUACAUUAAGUAACCCAUGUCUGUACAUGCUUGAUAAAAACAAAAGUUAUAAUAAUACCACUGAACAAAGAACGGUACGAGAAAUUUGUACACUUGAAGUCGAGUAUAUCUAUUAACAUUUAUAACUGUAGCACGUACGAACAAUGUUGUACAUGAAUGUAUAGUAACUAUACUGUUAUACAAAGAACUAUGUAAUGUAGCUUAUCAUCGCGUGAUCUUUGGGCUAUACGUAGUACUCACAGCACUGUACAGUCUUCCAGAGUUCUUACUGUAAUUUGUAACGAUUCAGUUUUGACAUUUCAUUGGCUUACUCGUAAGGGCUACAAUGAUCCGUAACGAUUAAUGUUAUUUGCCAAAUGUGUCAAACACCUAAACGAAUUCAAGAGCCAUAGCAAUACUCGCCUAUCUGGACCUGGCUCUUCAUUUGAUCGUGAAGUUAAGAUGAGCAUUCGUCGAAGUACAUAUUUUCUCGGUAUUUAAUGGCAAGUGUGUUCUCGGGUUAUUGCCACGCACACAAAUUUUAGUUCGCUGUAUUAAAGCAAUUGAGCCUUAGCGAUUGGACGAUGCGAAUACAGUUGAUUUACAGUGGCGACAUAUAAUGUAAUCUGUAUUAUGUGUAUUUAAUACAGAUUUUGUACAUUGCGUGAAAGAAAAUAAGGAUAUUAUCCUUUGUAGCUUGUUAACUUCGUCAGGAUGUGUAUACAGGUGAAACAGUAUUUAUUGUACUUUGAGAAAUAAUUUUAAUGACAUCACAUAGUGAUAUGGAAACCGAUGACUGUUAAGACUGGAUUAAUUAAUGCUCAUCGAAUAAGUUGGAGAGAAAUGUUUUGACUGACAAUGAGAAUAGGUCGGUUAGCCAUUAUUUUCAACUCAUUAACUGAUUGUCAACGUACGUACAGCGUGUAAUUCAUAAAAGGAUUACAGUUUGAUUGAAUUCAACAUUGUUCAGAGCGUAAUAUGUAUACCAACGAUUGAUGAUUCUUUAUGUAUAUAUCACAUGCGCGUGUGUUGCAAAAAAUGCUGUAUUUUAUCAGGAUUAUUGUUCAGUACAUGAUUUAAUCUCUGAGCUGUUUGGCUUCUGUUUCAUUUAAUCAUACGAAUCGUUUACUUUAUAAAUAUUGCUUUGGUAUUCUAAUGAACAGACAGUAAUGAUUCUAAUGACGAGAGUUAAACAGUUCUAUGGAUUAUUUUCCGUGCGGUAUAUUAAUGCGCGCCGAAUGGGCCAGAUAUAAGAUGACACUAUUAAAUUUAAGAUCACAAGACUUCGUUCUCUCAAGGAUACUCAAGAGUGAUUGAUUUUUAUAUGCGAAACAGACUAGUCUUACAGUCGGUAACGCAGAUCAAUGAUCAGCUAACUCUUUUACUUUCGAUCAUGCUACUGUCACAUGAGUAUUCUACAUCCGUUUAGAGUUUAUCAAUUAUUAUUAUAUACAAUACUUUCAGGAAAUAUUAAUUUGAUCGUGAGACGUAUGACGAUAGUUCUGUAGUAUGAAAUAGCAGAGAUCUCUAAUAAGAAAAAAAAAUGAAUCAAAUGAUCUACGUAAGAUUGCGAUCGGUUUCGAGAUCCCCUUAAGAAUGUAUAUAAUAACGAUUAUUAUUUUUUAAUAGUUAAAAAGUAAUGUGUAAUCGAAUUGUGAUUUUUGUGUUCGUACUAUUGAUAUCGUAGCGCAUUUGAAAUCGAUAACAACUUCAUGUAAACCGAUCGAACUUCGUGGUCCAGAGAUUGCUAGUUUAUUAGUCGAAAACCUCCGUAGAGAUAUCUUCAAUGCGUUAUAGAAUGUUUCGUGGUAAUUAAUUAUCCCAAAAAUACCACGAAACAGGAAUUAGUUAAGAAGAGUCUAAACCGGUCCUUUAAUUACCAUCGAUGUGAACCGUGUAAAUACGUAUAGGUUAGUUCACCGUGCGUUCGGCAAAACAAUACCAGACCGUUUAUUAAUUGCAGCUUCCAUUUUACGAAAAAAAACUAUUCUUUUUUCAAAUUCUCUAUACAUGCGUUCCAGGGAAAUGUAUAUUAUCGAUGCAUCGUUCUGCACGAUGCUGACAAUAUAGAUUGUACUUAAUUUAUAUAAAAUGUCUAAGAUCUCCAUUGGUAACUCUUACAGCGGUUGCUUUGGUGUUCAAUCAGUAAAGCAUACGUUUAUUUAUUCGCAAUUAAUGUCAUAUUAAUUUUACAAUAAAUCUCAUACAGCAUCGUGGCGGCUAAAGUCGUAUUCGUUCAAUUAAAUUUGAAUUAACGUUACAAUAUUAUUCGUAAUUAUAUAUAAGCAGUCAUGCGAGUAGAAGCGUACAUCGUGAAGAUAUAAUAGAAUGGUGUUCCAAUAAGAAGCUGGAUACGUUAACAGUGUAAAUCCAUAGAAAUAUUAUAACAAUCCAUAAAAAGAUCUCGGAUUCUUUAUGGAUCGCUCGUACGUUAUGUAAUUCCCCCGAUCCUCACGAUAACGAUUCAUUAUUUUUGGACUCUUUGUAAGCGCAAACUUUUCUCAUACAAUUUUCUUACGACUUGGGAUACGACGAUUUUUUUCUCAUAAUAUUAAAAUACUCGGUAUAAAUUUUGCUACUGUAAUACAGCGCUGUAUUUCACGUGUGUAUAUAUAUAUAGUUUUGGAUGCAACGCGUACUUAUCGACGAUUCCGGAUUUCCUGUUUCGUAUUCAGAUAAUUUUAAAUGAGAAAAGAAAAUGUCGAUAUUUUUCUACGCGACAAAUUGAUGAUGCGUUGUAAUAGCGAGCUGAGAUUAAUCGAAUUAAUCAAUCGUAGAUUUUGCGGGAUAGCGUGCGUGUCUGAUAUUACGGAAUGGUCAUUUACGGAGAAUCCAAAAAUCUCACGUUUACAACUUCGAUCGGUCAUGAAUUACAUUGAGUAAUUGAGCAGUCUGAUAAAGUGUUUUUUUUUUAAUACCUUUGAGCGACAGUAGCCCAACGUAAAGAUAAAUCAUUCUCAAUAAAAAAGAGCGAACGACUGAUUAAUAUUGAAUGGUUUGAGUAUCGACUAUAUGUCAUCCCAAUGGAUAUUAUGCUUUUACCAUAAUUUUCUUUUGUACGAUCGUAUACUUGAACUGCCCAAAUUUCAUUAAGAAUGUAACGACUGUUACCUUCAGUACUGUAAAUGAAUAUACACGGAUUUAAUUGCAAA